AUGCCAAUAGAUAUACUAGGUACUGCUAUAUACGAAGGACCAGAAGCAAUCCCAGGAUGGGAAUAUAUCAAGACUUAUAGUCCAGCAAUCAUGGCCAUUGCCGGUAUUAAGUACUACUUUGGAGGAACUUCAAAUACUUGGGAAAGAGAUUAUCAUGGAAAAGUAUACAUUAUGACAGGAGCUACUUCAGGUUUGGGUGCAUAUCUUGCGUAUGAGCUUGCAAGUAAGGGAGCGCAACUUAUUAUCUUGGUGAGAUCUACAGAGGAUAGUUGGUUGGUGGACUAUGUUGAAGAUUUGAGAGAGAAGACGGAUAACUUUAUGAUUUAUGCCGAAGAAUGUGAUUUGAAUUCGUUGUAUUCUAUAAGAAAAUUUGCCACCAAAUGGUUGGACAAUCAACCUCCAAGACGGUUAGAUGGUGUGAUUUGCUGCGCCGCCGAAUCUAUUCCAAUUGGAAAGGCAAGGCAGGUUACAGUAGACGGUGUCGAGAAGCAGAUAGGAAUCAAUUACCUAGCACAUUUCCAUUUAUUGACAUUGCUUUCUCCUGCAUUGAAAAUCCAGCUUCCUGACAGAGAUGUUCGAGUUGUCAUGGCCACAUGUGUUUCUCAAGCCUUAGGAGACCUUGAUAUGAGCGACGCCUUGUGGUUAAAUAGGCGGUAUCCUACAAGAGAGCCAUGGAAGUUAUAUGGUACAUCCAAAUUAAUGUUGACGAUGUUUGCCAAAGAAUUUCAAAGAAGAUUGAAUAGCUUCGAGAGAAAGGACAAGGCCCCAUGUAACGUCAGAGUCAACAUGGCGAACCCCGGAAUCAUGAGAACUCCAUCCACAAGGAGGUUUUUAUCGAUGGGAACGAUCUGGGGACUCUUGGUCUACUUCGUCUUAUUCCCAAUAUUCUGGAUCUUUUUCAAAAGCACCUCUCAGGGUGCCCAGUCGUUCUUGUAUGCAUUGGCCGCUCCAGUGUUCAAAAACCUCGAUGGUGGAAAUGUUAUCCAGGAAUGCAAAAUUUUAAAGCCUGCGCGUAAAGAGCUCAGCGACGAAGAACUCCAAAAGGCCUUGUACGACGAGACAGAAAAGCUCCUCGAAGCCUUGGAGAAGAACUCGGCUGUUGAGAGAAAAAAGCAGGAAAAAAUUCAAGAGUCCAAAAUUCCUUUGGCUGAAAAAUUAAGAGCCCAAAACGAAGAAGCCAGGAAAAGAGCUGACAUCCAUACUAAACCAGAAACCCCAGAAGAGUUACAAGCAAAGCUUGCAUCCCUCAAGAAGCUGAUUGGGAUACCAUCUGGUGCGGACGAUAAAUUGCCUCUAUUCCCAUCAAAUCCUCGGGCCGAAAAUUUAUCGACACCGAAAUCUACCCCUAAAUCAAAAUCUAAGGCCAAAAAGUCCAAAUCUAAAAAGAAAGAUUAA